AUAAAAGAUAAAGAAUUGGUAUAAAGUAAUAUAUCAUUCUCACGUAAGCAUUUUCGAAAUAUUCAAUUUAUAAUUAUACUAUUUUUUUGCAAUUGUGUUAUUUAAUUAGUUUGUAAUAGAUGCAUAAUAGUCAUGAGAGAAAACAAAACUUAUCAGAUUAAUUUGUGUUUUAUACCAAUUCUUAUUUUCAUAUUGUUACCUACCACAUUUAUCAUUACAUCAAUAAUUGCUAUAAACAAUGAUCAUGUAGAUGGAUUUCCAUAUAUUUCGGAUACAGGCACUUAUGUUCCUGAAAGCUGUAUUUUCGGACAAUGUCUUAAUAUUAUUUCAGCUCUCAUGUGUUUCUUAGCUGUUUUGAGAUAUUAUCAAAUCAAGGAGUACACUAUAUUGUAUAAUUUCAGUGGAGCAUUGUUAAAAUGGAACAUUUACGGUAUUAUUUUUGGCAUAGCUUCUAGUUUAGGUAUGUCUUUAGUUGCCAAUUUUCAAGAGACUAAUUUUCUUAGUGUUCAUAUAAUUGGAGCUAUGUUAUGCUUUGGAGGAGCUACAAUUUAUUUUUGGAUACAAACAAUUUGUACCUAUUACUUAGUACCAAUGGCGUGUUCCUUGAGGCUAGUAUUUAUUAGACUAGUGAUAGCAUUCUUUUGUACUGUUUUUUUCAUCUCAGGAACGGUAACAGCAAGUUUGUCAAAAAAAUCUUAUCAAGGUAAUAAUCCUCGAAAAUGGAAAAAAGAAGAUGGUGGAUGGGAAUUGCACGUUAUUAGUGUAAGUUCUGAAUGGAUUGCGGCUUUAAUUAUGGCUCUUUACAUCUUAACAUUUGCCAAAGAUCUCAAUAAUUUUCGACUUCAUCCUAAAAAGAUCAUUUUUCAUCCACCAUGCAGACAAAAAAAUGAAAUACCUUACGAAUCACAAGAAAUCAACGUAGUGAAUUUCACCAUCGUUAAAUAAUAUUUUGAAAUAACGUUUUGUAAUAUCAACAUUUUUUUUUUAUUAUGAAUCAAAUUUAUUGUAUAACUUUUGUUAUGAAAAGCAACACUCAAUUUUAUAGUUUUAUAAUAGUAAUCUGUUGAAGCAAUAAUUUUUUCAAAAAAAAAGAAAAUAUAAAUAGUAAAUUUAAAAAUAUAUAUAUAUAUGUAAUAUAUUGUAUUCCUUUUUUAUGAAAUAAUAAAACAUUUCUCAUAA